UAAUUGUUAUUUUUAAACGAUUCCGGAAACAUUAAUAAUUGGGAGUUGUACUGAUAAACAACUGUAGCGCAGGUGGUGUGGCGUGAUCUCAGGUAGUCCUACCUGGAGGGGUAGGGUUGAAAAGGUUAUUUAAGUGGUUGCAUGCCUUUGUUUCGGGUCAUUCUUAUGCUAAGCCUAGAUUGUGUAAGAGCUAUCUAUACUCGUAAAUAAAAUUGAGUCAACAAGUGAAACGUCUAUUUCUUCGUUACUACUUCUAACCUAAUGGAUGGUCAUGAGAACUGGUUACCACCCGAUGACCAUGCAGACCAUGCGAAUAGUAGAACUUCGCCGACAGCAGCGGUGGGAUCACAAUCCCCUAUACUAGGCGGGCGUCGCCGAUCGGUUAUUCAACCUGAGCCUACUUUUACCAUGGACCAAGUGAUGAGCCUGGUAACCACAGUCACAAAGCAAGCCGCGGCAAGUGCUGUUAAUGCGGCACUGUCUGCCACUGCCGCUAAUCCACAACAGCUGGCGCUACCCCGUGAACGAGGAAAUUUCUACCUACCCCCGUUCGAUCCGGAUGUACGAUCUCAUGAUAUUCGAGAUUGGUGCGCUAAUGUUGAUGAAACCAUUUCCGUCUUCGCUAUAUCACCUCAAGAAGCACGGAUGAAAGCCAUACUUCAGUUAAAAGGAAGAGCAAAAGUGUGGGCCGACACGUGGUCUCUACAUUCAACUACUUGGGAUCAGGUGAAGGAAGAUCUAAUCAAGACAUUCUCAAAGGAGUUUCGGUAUGCUGAUGAUGUACAGAAGUGGCGCAACUACACGUCGGACCAAGCAGCGAGCUACGCCGAAUACGCCACUACAGCUUGGACAUUAUUCAAGCGCGUGCGGCCGGAAGCGAAUGAUACCGAUGCUGUGGAUGCUGUUAUCACAGGUAUUUAUCCUGAACAUAUUAGAUCUGAAUUGUUGCGAAGUACGCCCGACUCUUUGCCUAAACUAGUAUCUGUUUUGAAGACAUACCGUAAACGCAAAUUAGAUACACUAGAAAAAACGAAUAAUAAUAACAAUUCUAAGAAAGCUCGCCCCACUGAAACAGAUCCAUUUGAUAUUGAUGAUGACGAGUCUGCCGUGUGGGCGGUGGAUGAGACGAGUAGCAGUGUUCAAAAUGAAGACUGCUCUCAGUCCGAGACUCAAUAA